AUUUUUUGUUCUUUUAUUUGUUUGGAUAUAAAAAAAUUUUUACACGACUGAAAAUAGUAGGGAAUAGUAAACGAGUGAGUGGCGAUAUGAUAGGUUUUUGAGAUUUUUUUUAAAUUUCAGAAUCUCAUCAAAUUUUGUUUUGAAAAUUUCUACAAAAAAAAAUUAUAAAAAAGGAAGAAAAAAAAAACAGAAGAAUUUAAAAUAAAAAAUCAUUGCAAAAUUAAGCAAAAAAAAAGCAAAAUAAGAAAAAUAGAAAAAAAACAAGAAAAAAUUAAUAUUACAUUUGUUGUAGAACAAAAAAAUACACAAAAAUACCAACAAUAACAACAACUGAAUAAUAACAAUAAAAGAAAAUUUUUAUAGCAUUUCAAAUUUAGACGGAUUCAUCGAAUACUAAUUAGUAGAAUUUUAAACAAAUAUAAAAUAAAAAGAAGCAAUCGAAAACUAUUAAAAAUGUUUUCAUUAGUAAGAAAAGUAAUUAAACCUUCGGUCUACCUUCAAAGAUUUGGUACCGAACGUUGUAUUGGGUCAGUUGUACAGCAUUUAAAAUUAAAGGAAAGUGAACUGAAAAAUGAACCGGUAUUGAGCUAUGAAAAAAAUUCAAAAGAACGUAAAGAAUUGGAAGAUAAUUUAAAAAAGUUAUCAUCGAAAUGUGAAGAAGUACCUAUUUAUAUUGGUGAUAAAGAAUAUAAAACAAAUGAUAUUAGACAUCAGGUUAUGCCACAUAAACAUUCUCAUAAAUUAGCAAAAUUUUAUUAUGCUGAUAUUAAAUUAAUAAAUAAAGCAAUUGAAACAGCUGUUGAAACACAAAAGAAAUGGGAUAGAACAACAAUUGAAGAACGUCUUAGAAUAUGGGAUAAAGCUGCCGAUUUAAUGGCUGGUCCAUAUAGGCAAGAAUUAAAUGCGGCCACAAUGUUAGGUCAAUCAAAAACUGUGAUACAAGCUGAAAUUGAUUCAGCAGCCGAAUUAAUUGAUUUUAUACGUAUGAAUGCUUAUUUUUUGAAAGAAUGCACAAAAUAUCAACCAAUUAGUGAGAAUAUCAAAGUAACAAAAAAUUCUUUAAGAUAUCGCGGCAUAGAUGGAUUUAUUGCAGCUGUUAGUCCAUUUAAUUUUACAGCAAUUGGUGGUAAUUUGGCAUAUACCCCAGCAUUAAUGGGUAACGCAGUUUUGUGGAAACCAUCAGAUACAGCAGUUUUAUCAAAUUGGGUAAUAUUUAAAAUUAUGCUUGAGGCUGGUGUACCACCAGGUGUAGUAAAUUUCUUACCAGCUGAUGGACCAGUAUUUGGUGAUACAAUAACUAAAUCACCAGAUUUUGCUGGUUUAAAUUUUACUGGAUCAGUUCCUACUUUUAAUCGCUUAUGGCGUCAAGUUGGUGAAAAUAUAAAUAUAUAUAAAAAUUUUCCACGUUUAAUUGGCGAAUGUGGUGGUAAAAAUUUUCAUUUUGUACAUCCAACAGCUGAUUCUGAAACAGUUGUUACAGCAACAAUACGUUCAGCAUUUGAAUUUUGUGGUCAAAAAUGUUCAGCAUGUUCAAGAAUGUAUGUUCCCGAAACAUUAUGGCCAAAAAUAAAAUCUGGUCUAAUAGAAAAACAAAAAACAUUAAAAAUUGGUGAUGUUAGUGAUUUAACAUCAUUUACAUCAGCUGUUAUUGAUGAUAAAGCAUUUGCUCGUAUAACAAGUUAUAUUGAACAUGCUAAGAAAAGUUCAAAUUUAGAGAUAAUUGCUGGUGGUAAUUAUUCUGAUAAAAUUGGUUAUUAUAUUGAUCCAACAAUAGUUGUUACAAAAGAUCCAUUGGAUAAAAUAAUGAGAGAAGAAAUUUUUGGUCCAGUAUUAACAAUUUAUGUGUAUAAAGAUAGUGACUUAAAAAAAGCAAUUAAUUUAGUUAAUACAUCAACUCAAUUUGCUUUAACUGGAGCCGUAUUUGCACAAGAUGAAUCAUUUUUACGUCAAGCGUUGGAAGAAUUUAAAAUGGCAGCUGGCAAUUUUUAUAUUAACGAUAAAUCGACUGGAUCUGUUGUAGGCCAACAACCAUUCGGAGGUGGUAGAAUGUCAGGUACUAAUGAUAAAGCGGGUGGACCACAUUAUAUUCUCCGAUGGACUUCACCUCAAUCAAUUAAAGAAACAUUUGUUCCACUUCGUGAUAUUGAUUAUCCAUAUAUGCGAUAAGUUGUGACCACACCAUCUAACCAAUAAACAAUACAACUUUGUUAUAUUUGAAUGAGAAAUUAAACUAAUCAAAAUAAUGCAAACUAGAAUAUAUAUAUAUAUAUAUAUAUAUAUAUAUAUAUAUUUUUAUAUAUAUAGUAUAUAUUUAUAUAUAUAUAUAUAUAUAUAUAUAUAUAUUACAAAUCUACAACAAAGCAAAGAAAACAAAGUUACAAUAAAAUUCUGUAUUAUAAUUUAAAAAAAAACCAAAACAAAUAGAAUGUAAAAAAGCUUACCAAAUCUCUUGAAUUAUAUUAGAAACGGGAAUCUCUUAGUUGUAUCUAAAAAUAAAAAAAAGCAAAAAAAUAUAUAUAUGUAUAUGUAUAUUACAUUAGAAAAAAGCAAAAAACUAAAAAAAUGUGUUAAAAUAUUCAAAGUUCAAUAAAGAUGAAAGUUAAAAUAAUUUUUAUUAAAAAAAACAAGUACAAAAACUAUAAAAAAAAAAUCAACGUGCAAAAAAAAAACUAGAUUGAUUCCUCUUUGUUUGUUUUCUCCUGGUUAUUUUAUAAAAAACGAACUAAAUUUACAAAAUUUAUAAAAAAAGUGUUAAUUAUUUUUAAAAUUUACAUACAUAUAUACAUACACUCUCUGACCUAAAAAAUGCAAUAAUACGAGUAUGUGUUCAAUAUGGCACAAGUCAUUUUAGGAGUCGAAGUUUGAAAGAUGAAUUGUGUAUAGUAGCAAAUAAAUGACGACUACCAAAAUGCAAAUCUAACAUCAAUUUGACUUAUGCACCCAUUGAAAUUUUAUUGCUCAAUAAAUCAAAUUGACGUUAGAUCUUCAUUUUAAUCGAUACCCAUAUAGUAUUACUGCAAUUUCGAAGUCAUUGGUAUUAUUUUUUUUUUACUUUUUUAUUUUAUACAUUUACUAAGCCUUUUUUUCCGUCUCCUUUUCUCUGUAAACAUGAAAAAUUAUGAAGGAAAGUAAAUUUAUUUGAACAUAUCUGUAAUUAAAAUUUUAAUUUAAAAAACAAAAAAAAGGAAAAUUUUAAAUAGAUAUUUUAUUUAUGAUAUUAUUGUAAUAAUUCUUACUUUCUUAUGAUUUUAUGAUUAUGAAAAUUUUGAUUCUUUUAAGAGUCACCACGAAUAUAAUUAUUCUUAACUUCAGAAUUUGCGGAAUACAGUUAUUUUAAAUAGAACACACUUUAGCCUAUAUUUAAUACCAUAUUCUUUAUCGUAUAUAUGAGCGUAUUUCAUACUGCAUUUUCGAAGUCAGCUAAUACAGAUUCACGUUUGAUGCUUUUUAUAUUAAUUUAUCAUUACUUUUAUAUAUAUUAAUUUUUGUUGACAAAAUAAACUUGAAUUAGAUAUGCAUAUAUAUAUGUAUACUUGAAUUCAAUAUAAUAGUAUAUAUAAAAUGCAUUUGAUUUUAUAUAGUUUUUUGUACCCAAAAUAUAAUGUAAAUAUGUUGAAAAUGUUAUAUAUGAAUAUAUUUUGAUUUUCCGAUUUACUUUUAUAAUAGCACACAUGACACUACAUUAUUUCGAAAUGCCCUGUUUUUUUAUUUAUUAUAUUUUCCUUUUUGCUUUUUUUUAUUGUUUAUGAUUUUAUUUUUAUAAUUGAGUACAUCAUAAAUAUGUAAUUACAUAAUUACUUAAAAAUAAAUGGCAAAAUUUUAAUAACAAUUUAUUUUAUAAACAGCUCAGCAAUUAAAUUCAUAAGCUGAAUUGUUAUAUUGAUAAUGUAAAUACUAUAUAUAAUUUUAUAAUAUAUAUAAUUUUAAAUUUUGUAAUUUAAAUUUGUGGAGGCUGGCCGUCAUUGAGAUUAUUAAGAUAUUAUUCAAAAACCUGGUGGCAUACUAUGUAGUGCUACUUUCGCUAAACGAUUUUUGCAUUUUACAUUUUGACACUAUGUAAAUCGAAUAUCGCAAAUUUACGUAUACAAAUUUAGCAAAAGUGGUACUACAGAAUGCUACUUUCGCAUACUUUUCAUUCACUUGCCAUUUGAUUUACGAAUCUUAUUGCGACUGUCUAAGUUUUUGAAAAAAAAAACUAAACAAUUUAAGUGUCACAUUUAUUUUGCUUUAUUAAGUUGAAAAAAACUUACAUUUCAAAUUUACUGCAUUGAAUUCAAUUUUCGUAAUUAAUAAUUAUAAUUAUGGGUCAAGAUAAAAUAAAAAACCAUUCCGGUUUACGAUAAUAGUAAAAUUCAUACACUAUGCCAAAUUUGUUUUGCUUGUCUUUUCUCGACUUUGUCUCUUUCCAGUUUUAUUUUUAUGGGCCUUAAUUUUUCAUCUGUAGCCUUGCAAAUUUCGGUUAUAAUAAGUGAAAUGGUUUGCUGAGCAAGAGCAAUAUUUAAAUCUUAGCAUGUAUAAAAGUUUUUUUUUAACCGUUUCUUUUAAAAAAUUAACAAUAAUCGCUUUUUUAAUUUUAUAUAUACAUUUAAAUGCAUGACUACUUUAAAAUAACUCAAAUGUUUACUUUGAAAAAACUGUAAGAAAUGUGAAAAACAGAAAAUUUUUGAUUUUUAAUUUUUACGAUAUCAUUUUGUUUCAUAGUACCAAAUCAACUUAAGCAAUUUUAUUUGCAACUUUAAAAUUCUAUCGCAUUUUUACAUAGUAGGCCACCUUAUUAAAUUAUCUAAAACAUAGAAUAAUUUUGAGGUCUUGAUUAUACUCGUACAAGACCUCAAAACUUUUAAAUAGAUAUACUCAUCAUUUCAACUGUUGAGCUAUAUUUUAUGUAUUGGUAAAAUAUUUUGCAAUACAGGCAACAAUAUUUUGCAAUAGAUUUUUUUGCUUUUUAAACUCAUUUUGUUAAGUACUUCGUUACUGUGGAAGUAUUCAAUUAUUGAGAAAGUACUCAAAAGCGAAAAUAUAAAUCUUAAAAACUAUUAAAAAAAAAUUCUUACAUUUUAUAAAUGAAGUAUUAAAAAAAAUAAAAUUUUAUUUUUCUAGUUUUUUACUAAAAUGAAAAUUUUUGAGUUACACCAAUUUAUUAUUAAAAGUUGAAUUUUUUUCUGUAUUGUACAAUUUAUGCAAUAUUAUAUAUUAAUAUAAUAAUUAAGAGUAUACUAUAGUAAUAAAAAUUAGUUGAAAAUAAAGUUCCAUAUAUUUUUUGUUGAAUUCAUUAUUGAAAUUAUAUGAUAAGUAUACAUACAUAUACUUGCUAUAAAUACGUAUUUAUAGUACUAUAUAAACACAUAUGUGUUUUAGUAAAUUUAAAUAAUCAUUCAUAUAUUCUGUUUGACACUCCAUCACUUGAGUUGAUCGUUUCACAUUACCAGCUCAUGUAAUAUACACGUCUAAAGAGGUAUUAAAAACAUUACUUUUAUAUAACAUAAUGAUAGUAUAUUAUAAUGUGGACGGCGCCGAAAUUCAUAUUUUCAGAAAUUUUACCAACAUUUUAUAUUUGAAUAAUAUUUCCAUUGAAAAUCAAUCAUGAAAGUUUACUUCUAAGUUUUACCUUUUAUGUAAAUUAGAUGAAAAAAUGCCGUUAAAUGAUUGUAUCCAAAGAGACAAUUUUUCUAAAUUAUUAGAAUUCUAAUUGGGUUAAACUUUUAGUUUCUUUUAAAGCAAAAUAAUUUAUGGUGCUGAAAAUUGUUCAUAAAAUAAUUACAUAAUUUUUCUGAAUUAAAUUCCAACCCAUUCAAAAUCAGUUGACUUACAUAAUCGUGUUUUUUAUUGGAAUAGUUUGCUGAUUCGACUCGAUGAUUUUUUACAAGAUUUUAUGAUUCAUAUAUACAUAUAUAAUAUUCAAAGUAUGUCUGUACUAUUGUAAUAGAAAAAAAAUUUAUAUAAGCAGUUAUAUACAUAUAAAAAAGCACAUAUAUAAUAUACUUAUAUUGUUAUAUAGUUGAUGUGAACUUGAAUCUCUUAUUUCUUAAAUAUUUGUUGUAUUUGAAAUGUAGUCACAAAUGCAAAUUAAAAGGAAGGUCCAAAUUUUCUAAAAAAAUUUUAUAUUUUCAAUUUCAAUAAAUUUUUUACCCAUCAAAACAGAAAUUUCUUGGUAACAUGAAUAUCCAAUCAAGAAAUAAAUUAAAAAAAAUUUAUAUAUGUAAUUGAGAGUGGACAAAUUUUAAUGUAAUUAAGUAUUUUAUUCAAUGUACCUAUUUCCAUAAUUCCAAAAACGGAUAUAAUAAUUUACUAAAAAAAUUUUAAUUUUUUCUAAUUGCCUAUCGAAUUUCUUGUUCCUACACGUUUUUUUUUUAUUCCUGUUUCGCUCCUGGGAGGAGCAUAGGGCUGGUUCACGAUAUUGUAGAUAAUCAUGAACACCAGUUUCUUACGUCAUUGAGUUUACUAUAAGUUUACUAUAAGUUUUGAGUUUACUAGGUAGGUGACGAGCCUAUCUCAGUUUUAUAUUAAUAUUUAAGGUUAUUGAUAUUUAAUAUUUUAUUUUUCUGGUAUCUUUAAUAUUGGAUAUUAUUGAAAUAUGGCAAUUAGUUAAUAUGUAUAGUAUCAUGUAAUUUGUAUAAAGCUAUAUAAUAUUGAAUAUAAUUUUUAUAGUGACCUGACUGGGCUUUGAACCCGAGACCCUUCUGUUAAAGGACCAGUGCAAUAACCAUUGGCGAGGUCAUUACAUGUAGAGUUUUAUAUAAUUAUGAUUAGAAAAUUAAGUCAACGGCAUAUACCAUAUCUUUGAUUUCAAAAUCAAAAUCCAUGACGUGUUGAAACAAUGUUCCAUAUAGCGAAAAAAAAAAGAGAAUAAUAAAACUGAAUAUGUAUAUGGAUAACGUAUAUUAUAAUAACGUUGAAGUCAAAGAAUGAAUAUAAUAAUGAAUACGAUGUAAUAAACCAUUUGGAAUUCCAUUAUUCUCAGCUAUUUAAAAUUUAUUGUUGAAAAAUUUAAAUUGAUGUUAGAUAUGCAUUUUAGUAUGUACGCAACUACCCCAUGCCCCUUCCUACCAACCAUAUAUAUUGCAUUAUAUAUAUGUAUAUAGAAAUAAGUUUAAAAUGCGCAAUUUAAAAGUUUCUUCAAAAAUUCAGUAAUACUUUAUUUUUAUACGUAUAAGCCGAACGUUCUCUUCUUCAACAUUCUGAUUAUAGGUUUGCAUAUAUUGUAUUGAAUUAUGCAGAAACUAUAAAUUGCUGAUUAUUAUGAUUAUGUUAUUCUGUAUAAUUAUAAUAAAUAUUUAUUUUUUAAUGUCGAAAUAUUAAUACAAGCUAAACUAACUUCCUUAACUUUUAAAUUGUUUAGGUAAUGUGAGUAUUAAAUACACAGUUCAGGUUAUGAGUUGGAAUUGCUGAAUUGUCUAUCAAUACAGAUAUUAUCUUUUUUUAAUUGUUUAAUCAAAUUGAUAUUUGAUGUUUAAAAAAAGAAACUAUUAAUAAAUGUAUAAUAAAAAUAUGGUUAUCAUUGUUUUCAAAAAUGAAGUUAUAAACCCUGACUUCAAAAUUACACUAAUAUUGACUUAUAUAAUAAUACAGGUUUUUGUGUGAGUAUUAUUGCUGAAUUGUGUAUUAAUAUCUCGUAUUACUGUAAUUUAUAAUUGGUCAGAAAAAAAUUAAAUAUUAUUGUUCUUAAAAUUUAUAUUAAAAAUAUAAAGAACAAAAAAAUUUAAUAAAUAAAUUGCUAAUGAUGAUGAUUAAAUUAGAGCAAAUUACGAUAAUUUUACUUGACAAUAUUCAAAUUUUAACAUAUUCAUAUAAAUCUCCGUAUGUGUGAUUGCAAAAAAAA